CAUUUCUUCCACACACAAGGCAAAUAAACCAGCUCUCAAUGGCCAAUAUGAAUGGGACACAGUUUUCUGUCCAUGCAGUCAACCAGCUUACAACCAGCCCAAACACCUCCAGUAACUCCAGCAGCACUUGGCAGUGGGAAGCAAUUCGGGGAAUCGAAAUUGCAGCUACUCUGAUCAUCUUCCUGGUGGGUGUACCUCUGAAUGGGCUGGUGGUCUGGGCACUUGGAAUGCGGCAUAAUCGUCACCUGGUGCGCAGAGGCAGCGGUGAGGAGACGCGUGCUGCCAGCAGUUUCCGUAUUUAUGUCCUGAACCUGGCCCUGGCUGACCUGGUGCUGCUCCUGCGUACCCCCCUAAUGUUGGGCUUCGUCGCUCACAACUACAGCUGGCCGUUCGGAGUAGUCUUCUGCCACCUGAUCAUGUUCCUGCGAGGUCUGGGGUUGUACGCCUCCGCUUUCCUCCUCUGUGCCGUGGCCCUGGAGCGAUGCUUGUGUCUGCUGAGGCCCGUGUGGGCUCGACUGCGGCGCCCCUCCUGGGCCGUUCCUCUGGCCUGUGUCGUCUUAUGGCUGAUGGCCGCCGCCUUGUCCGCCCCGUAUCUCUACUAUGCCGUCCUGAAGGAAGUCAACGGGAAAUACCAUUGCCUGGAGAGUGGGACGUUUAACAUGGGACUCUUUCUCACAGAAACAAUAGCAGGUUUCAUCUUGCCUCUGCUGGUGUUCUUAGGCAGUAACCUGGCUGUGUUGCUCACCAUUCAGCAAGCAGUGCCCCUAUCACCCACCUCCAGCAGCCCUUCAAUGGCCCGCAAGAUGACCAGGAUGUACCACGUGCUGUUUUUCACCAUGCUUCUCUUCCUCACCUGCUGGGUGCCAUAUUUUGCUUGUCGGUUCCUGCGGGCCUUGGCCAUAGAUCAACCAGAACGGGCCACACUGUAUAAAGGAGCGGUUUAUGGCACAUACAUAUCUCUGUUCCUGGUGUACAUCAAGUGCGCUCUAAACCCGGUGCUGUAUGUGUUUGCUGCUCGAGGCUUAGGCCGUGUUAUCAGAGCUUCAGUUGUCUCCACUAUUGAAAGACUUUUCAACGAUGAAAAUUCAGAUUCCAUUCGUAGGAAGUCACUUAAGAACUCACUUAAAAACUCACAAUUGUAGUUGGGAGGCCAACAACGUUUUAUUGUGAAUAAAUUUGGAGUCGUUCUAGUGUUAAAAUCAUAAAUGCCUUUGAUUUUUGAAAAUGUGAAAUGUUUUUAAAAUAACUUUUAACUGGUUUAUCCAUUUGGUCAUACGUCCCCAAAAAGUGAGCUGUGUAAAUAAAGGGACAGGCUUGAGGGGUUUCAUUACCGUAAAGCAUAGCAAAUGCUUUAGGCCACUGUUUUCCAAAUGCGUCCAAAAGCCAUAAAUGGACAAAUAAGUGAAUGUUAUUAAUAUGUUUUUAUAGGUGAAAUCCUUGUGUAACAAUGGGGGAUCCCAGAUUUGGAUCGAUGGCGCCCGACACUGAUUUUCAGAUAAAGAAAAAAUGUUAUGUCCCACCAUUUGUCAGAUGGACAAAGAGUGAAAAUUACAACACAACAGUGAAGUGCAUAAGGAGGAAUACACAUUCCAUUAAACACUGAUCAAGGCUUGGUUUUGCUAUUGUGCGCUGAAGAUUUAUGGACAUAACUGUAGUCAGUAUUAGUACAUGACGGAAGACGUCAGAAACGCUGCUUCUGUUGCGACACGCUUAAGGCAGGGUCAUAAUUGGGCAUAAAAGUGAAUUCAUGAAUCAUCUUGUAUGUUGAUCAAUGGGCAGGUAACACCCUCAUGGUAAAUGACAUGGAAAAAUGAACAGAUUAAUUUGCCAAUGCCGGUUUCCUGGCCCCAGGGUGAACAUUUUCUUCAAGAUGACGCACUAUUAAGCUCACGUGUGCUAUCUCUACUAGGUUCCAAGAAACUUGAUACAGAGUUUUUCUUAUCAGUAUCAGCAGUGACUCAGAUCCAUCAAUCUGAUGACCUCAAAGUCAAGAUGUCCAGACUAAACAGGUCCUCGUCUAUAUAUCUGACUGCUACUAGUUGUGCAAUUAAUGAACCGAUGAAUGUAUGUAUUGUAGAGGAGGGAAGCACAAGAGGCUGAGUAGAAAGUAGAUAUGUUGCAUGAUCAAUAUCUCAUUGCGACUGUACCACGCCCAUGUUCAACUGGACUAUAACUUUUGCAAAGAUAACUUUAUCAUUGUUUGUAUAUAAAAGCACAUCUGUUCUGUAACAGUCCACAAAAUGAAUAAAAUUGUA